GGCGUCGCGGGCUCCUCCCCCUUCCCGUCGGCCCGCGCUCCCGCUCGGCGAAGCCCAAGAUGGCGGCCUACCUGACGCACCAGCAGAAGGUGCUGCGGCUCUACAAGCGGGCGAUGCGCCAACUCGAGUCCUGGUGCAUCCACCGGGACAAGUAUCGAUUCUUUGCUUGUGUCCUGAGAGAACGGUUUGAAGAACACAAAAAUGAGAAGGAUAUGGUGAAAGCAAAAAAACUGCUGAGAGCUGCUGAGGAGGAACUUUGGGCAAACCAGCAUCCUCAACCUUACAUCUUCCCUGAUUCUCCUGGAGGCACAUCUUAUGAGAGAUAUGAAUGUUACAAGGCUCCUGAGUGGUGCUUGGAUUUCUGGCAUCCUUCUGAGAAGGCAAUGUAUCCUGACUAUUUCUCCAAAAGAGAGCAAUGGAAGAGACUGCAGUUAGAAAGUUGGGAAAAAGAGGUUAAACAGCUAGAGGAAGAAACUCCACCUGGUGGUCCUGAGAAUGAAGCCUUGCCACCAGCUCGCAAAGAAGGGCAUCUGCCACCUCUGUGGUGGCAUUAUGUAACCAGACCCCGAGAACAGCCAAUGUAAAAGAAUCCAUGCAUGAACAAGCAAAUUACACUUGAGUGGUUUGUUCUCUACAACCAGUAGGAAUUCCAGUUAACAUGCACUACUGUACUUAAUGCACAAUAAAACUAAAAUAAACAUGAAUAUACUUUA